UAAUUGCUUUUUCUUUCGGUGUAGUUUCGUUGAAUAAUAGCCGUACCUUUUUUUUGCUGCAGCAUGGUUCAUAUUUAGCGAAACAUGUGUUGAAUUUGAUAACAAUAAUAUUUAUACCAUUGAUCUUUUUUUUAUUACCACUGAACAAGUUUUCGCAUAACAAAUAAAUGAUUUUAAAUGGCGUUAAUUAAAGUUAAGGAAGCCCCUGUGGUAUGGAAAUAUUUGAACGGAAUUGUGAAUGUUUAUAAACCGGCCGGACUAACCGUUCAGCAAGUUCGACACACGAUCAUAGGAAAUCUAUGCAGAGACCUCAAUCAACUACAAGUAAGACCUCCACUGCAACGGAUAACAAUUGAAGCAACUUCAGAUGAAAACUUUCUGGUUCGACGAACCGAAGAUUACGCUGAUAACGUUCUGGUGGUAGGCCCCCGCUACCAAACAGAAGAUAUAAAAAUCCGCAUGAGUGCCAACCACGGACGAUUGACAAGCGGUGUGAUGUUAAUAGGAAUCAAUAAAGGGCUCAACCUGGCAUAUCGGAUUCAGCGGAACCGACCCAUACGAGUUUAUCGGAUAACAGGUUUUCUGGGCAAAGCAACUGACAGUCAUUUUGGUGACUCAAGGGUGAUAGCGAAAGCCACAGUAAAGCACAUCGGAUCAGAUAAAAUUAGUCGACUGCUCGCAUCCUUCCAAGCUUCGCAUCAGAGAAAGAUGUUCGAACUUUGCGGACUGGACAUGCAAUCACAAGCAGCUUAUGAGCUAGCUGCCAAAGGAACCAUUCGUCCUAAGGACAAUACCCAACCGAUGAUCUACGGUAUCAGGUUGACUGAGUUUCGAAGACCGUUUUUUACAUUCGAAAUACACGCUAUCAAUGAAACCGAAGCUUACAUUGGACAGUUGGUUCACGAGAUUGGACUCAAUCUGAAAUCGGUGGCCCACUGCGUCAGCAUUCGCUGUAUUCGCCACGGACAUUUCGAAGUGGAGCAUUCCCUGCUGCGGAAAGAUUGGAAUUUGCAGUCGUUUUUGAGUAGCAUGGCUCACAGCAACCAGCUAAUCAAGCAGCAUCCGGAAAUAAUGAACCAAAUGAAGUCGGAACUAGUAGGUUUAAGCGAGGAUAGUAACGAAAUUGAAUUCAGCGAUGAUGAAAAUCAAUAA